AUGUCUCAAAAUUUUACUGAAAGCAUUGAUAACUCAACAUCCAUAUUCGACGAUCAAGCUGAGACCUUGAAUGAUACAAAAUUUGGCACUGCGGAUAAUGCUGCUAGUUCUUUACAGUCUGAAGAUGAUAUUAAAGCUCAACAAAAUUUUAUUGAGCAGGAUGAAGCUAUUAUAAAAGUAGAAAAUACAUCUAUUGAAUCCUCUACCGUUUUUGAGAGUAAUUAUAAUGAAGUAAAUUUUAACUCAGAAAGCAAUCAAUCUAUGAAGAAGGAGAUUAAAAAAGAGAACGAGGAUGAAUUGCAAGAAGAUUUCAAUAAUUAUUUUGAUCAAUCGAACGAAAAUCGCGACUUCAUCGAGGAUAAUAAUAAAUUCUUGGAUAUGGAACAAAACUCAAAAUCUGAACAUUCCAAACUAACUGGCGCGGAACAAGUUUGCCAGCAUGGCGUACAUUUUAGUUGUCAGGAUUGCAAAUUACAGAAGCAAAGAGCGCUUACACGAAAUAGAGUUCGAUUACAUCGAAUGAGAAAACGACAAAAACAAUAUUUACAAAGUUUAAUGGACGAUAAUGAGCAAAUACCAUAUGCUUCUAGAUGUGCAAAUGGAGCUAUCAGUAGAAGUCGUGGAUACGCUAUAUCGACAAAUAAUCGAGUUGAAGAUCGUAAAUAUCAAUUAGCUAAUUCGUCCGUUGAAAAAGCAAAUCAAGGCUACUAUGUCGAACCCUCCAAAAUUCCUAAUAGUAAUUUGCUACUCCACUCCUUACAGGUCUCAGGUCAUAAAGAGCAUUCUAACUGUAAUACAUCGAUUUACUAUCCAUCAUCUUCUAAUAAUGUAUCGGCUGAGGCAAUAAUUUACUCAGAAAAGGAAGAUCAGAAUAAUCCCUUUUGCUCCAAAUGUUUAAGAAAAUAUGAUAAAAGUAGGAAUUUGGCUUCCUCAUUCUGCCCACACACGCAGCCAAUGCGUGGUAGGGCACGUAAUUUUGGUCUUUUAAAUUCUACAAGUAAGAAUUUAUACGACAAAUCUGUUGCACCAAACACAAAUGAACACCACCAUCUAAAUAAAGACAGAGUAGAUCACCAGGGCGAUUAUGGGAAUUUUGAUCUUAAUAAUGUUAUAGCUAAAACAGCUUAUGGAGAUGACCAAGAAAUGGACAAUUUUCACUGCAUUGCAGAUGCAGCUGGUGAUAAUUUUUUAAAUGAUACCGCCUCUUAUGAUUGUUCACAUGGUGCGAAUAAGAUUACUGAUGUUAUAGAUUAUAUAGAUAAAAUGACUACAGACAGUAAAACUUCUCUAGUCAAGAAAAAACACUAUUGCGGAAUAGGUAAAGAAUGUAUUGUCUAUGUCUGUAGUCGUGGAAAAUGCCGAGGGAGUUUGCAAAAUGCAAACAUUGCAAAUUACUGUCCAUAUGGUAUAAAAUUAAUCAAUAACUUUUCUUGCGGAAAUACGUAUCGAGUUAAAGUAUUCGGACAGCAUAAUCAUAAGGUACAGGAAAAAGAUAUUCUUUCCGCCAAUCAAAAGCUACAUGGGAAAGUUAAAAAAUGGAUAACGGCUUGCCUUCUUAGUGGAAUGAGUAUAAAGCGUAUAUUUAAAGCUAGCAUAGAUCAAGAAAACAUUCUCAGUAUUGGUCGUAUUCCUAUCUGUAACGUAGCACUAAAAGGACUUGAUGCAGCAUCAGCAUGGCACCCGUCCAUCAACCAAAUUGCAAAGGUUAAAAAGAUGGUCAAGAAAUCUCGAAACAGCUAUGUCAAGCUUAAAUUGAAUAUUCCAAAAAUGCUUGACAAAUAUCGUGAUCAAGUUCUGUAUAUCAGUACUUUUGAAGAUACCGAAUCCAUUAACUUAUAUCUAUCUAUGGCUAAUAAAGGCUUAUCAAUUUGCAAUGCGGAUUCAUUUAGUCCAAUUAAGGUGCCUAAUAAUUUGUUUCUUUGCGUAUUGCAAACAGAAUAUAUGCGGGCCCGCAUGCUAAGCAUACAAAAUUUGCGUUCGGGCAAAUCAGUCUUACACUAUUCAGGCACCAAAAAAUUAAAUGCUUGUGGACUAGUAUUAGGUGCCUUUCUCUAUAGAUGUCAUGCAAAAUUAGGUGAAAUCGUGGCAUAUGUUAUUUUAUCCGAUCAUAGUGUAGAGUUGUUAGGUACUGCUUUAUCGAAAUUGAUUUUGGUAGGACUAAAACCAGAUAUUGGAAUAACCAAUAAAUGUAAUAGUAUGAUAUGUGCCUUUGAGUGCCUUUUUGGUCCGUCGUUUCCAGUUUUUAUAGAUCGUAGCUCUAUUUUGGAUCAAUGGAAGAGAUGGUUAGCAUCAUCUAGGCAUCAUCCUCCUAAUUGCUUCCCUAGUCCAGCAGAUCAAUGUUUUAUACUAGACAAGAUUAGAAUACUAGCUACUACUACGGAAGUGGAAAACUUUGCCAUAGAAAAACGGAUAUUACUCCGAUAUUGCAAGAAAAAAGGCCUUGAUCACGUAAAUCAUCAUUAUAGCAACAAAUAUGGCUUAUCAUUAGAACAAGCACUCAAAAGUUAUAAUGAUCAAAAUAUUCAACGGAAAAUCCCCCUCUAUGAUUGUUGCGAAAAAUUUUGGUGCUUGGUUUAUCAAAAAAGUGACUCGGAAUUAAUAUCAUCAGAGAGCUUAAGCGCUAUUGGCAGAAGACAUUUUGAAGAAUUAUAUCAUCAUAUUGACAUGAAGAAAGGCAGAAAUGUUCAAAAGUUUAUUUAUCAAGUGUUUGAUAUUAUGAAAUUACAGUGCCAUGCAGCCAAGUAA